AUGGAGAAAAGCGAAGCGGUCGCAAAUGAAAAUCUCCGUAAUGGAGGUGGAGAUGGUUCAAUUUGCGGGUACGAGUCACUGUGCCAGCUUCUCAGUUCUAAUCUCGAACCCCAUCUCUUUGAGGAAGUCAACCGCUUGAUCCUGGGUUUGAAUUGCGGCAAGGCGCUCCAAUCGGUGGCAAUCCCAGAGCCUGCAAAAGCUCUUUCUGACGAACAUGAUUUUGACCUUCAGGCUUUUCGUUUCAACGCUGACAGAGAGGCAUUGCGAGAACCUCGGGUUGUCAGAGUUGGCCUUAUCCAGAACUCGAUAGCCAUUCCAACAACUGCCAGCUUCUCAGAUCAAAAGAAGGCCAUCUUUCAGAAAUUGAAGCCAAUUAUUGAAGCUGCUGGUUCUUCGGGUGUAAACAUUCUUUGUUUGCAGGCAAGUUGGAUGAUGACGCUCCGGGAAUUACAGGAAGCAUGGAUGAUGCCCUUUGCUUUCUGUACAAGGGAGAAGAAAUGGUGUGAGCUUGCAGAGCCUAUCGAUGGGGAAUCAACGAAAUUCCUUCAGGAAUAUGCGCGCAAAUACAACAUGGUUAUCGUAAGCCCUAUCCUAGAGAGGGAUGUAAACCAUGGAGACACUCUAUGGAACACUGCUAUUAUCAUCGGCAAUCAUGGUAACAUAAUCGGCAAGCACAGAAAGAACCAUAUCCCUAGAGUCGGCGACUUCAACGAAAGCACAUAUUAUAUGGAAGGAAAUACUGGACACCCUGUGUUUGAAACAGCAUUUGGAAAAAUUGCUGUCAAUAUCUGUUACGGGAGGCACCAUCCUUUGAAUUGGUUAGCAUUUGGCUUGAAUGGUGCAGAGAUUGUGUUCAACCCUUCAGCCACUGUUGGGGAGCUCAGCGAACCAAUGUGGCCAAUCGAGGCUCGUAACGCAGCAAUAGCAAACAGCUACUUUGUUGGAUCAAUCAAUCGUGUUGGGACUGAAAUAUUCCCAAAUGCAUUCACCUCUGGUGAUGGGAAGCCACAGCACAAUGAUUUUGGUCAUUUUUACGGGUCAAGUUAUUUCUCAGCGCCUGAUGCUUCUUGCACCCCCUCAUUAUCUCGUCGCAAGGAUGGUCUGCUGAUCACGGACAUGGAUCUUAACCUUUGUAGACAGCUCAAGGAUAAGUGGGGAUUCAGAAUGACUGCUCGGUAUGAGAUAUAUGCUGAUUUACUUGCCCGAUAUGUGAGGCCGGAUUUCGAGCCCCAGGUCAUAACUGACCCUUCGUUGAACAGGUAAAAGGUCCAUGCAAGUUUCUGAUGCCUGUGUAUAAUUUGGGGAAGUCGUCCGUGGGAUUUACUAUGUUAAACCAUCAGCCGAAAUAAGGUUAUUUGAUGUCCAUAUAUUUUAUGUAGGAAUUGUGAAGGCUUUAUCUCGUAAUGUAUGUCGUUCCUUCUCAUUCUUGUAAUUGGCGUGUGGUGAAUCACUUACAGUUAGGGGUGGCUAUAUGGUCCGGUUAAAUUGGCCCAAAUUGAUCCGGUACAGUUCGGUUUUUUUGAAAAUAUAGGGAUCAAAAAUUGGAUUGGAUACAGUCCGGUAUUGACCCGGUCCGAUCCUAAUUCGGUUUUUAUUUUAUAUUGAGCUUGUGGGGAUUUGAGUGGCAUAAGGCAUGAAAGGGUGAGGAGUUGGUUAAGUUUUGUACUAAGUGCAAAGGUUUUUGACCGUUUAUGCAAAUUACCCUUAAGUUUUGGGUGUUGAGCUCUCUUAUUCAGUUUUUAUCCAGUUUUCGAUCUGGUCCCGAACGGUUUUUUACUUCAAAUCUAAGCCCAAAGAUUGG